AUAAUUUAAUUGCCGAUCACGACCUAAGAGCAGCUAAGGCGAUAAUUUAUUAUACACAAUAUUUUUAAUUAAAUUCGGAAAAUGGGGGUUUAUAAAUCUGCACACACUGCACAAAAUGUGUAGUUGAAGAUCAAUACUAUAUAAACUGCAAAAAGAAAGAAAAAAGCAAAUUAAAAGGAAAAAAUAGUAAAAGCAUGGAGAAAGCGAAGGCAUACAUUGCAGUGGUAGUGAUACAAUGCAGCUUCGCAGGCAUGAUGGUGUUGUCAAAGGCAGCUAUGUCUGCGGGGAUGAAGCCUUCCAUCUUCGUCGCCUACCGACAGGGAUUCGCCUUCUUCUCCUUGCUCCCCUUCGCCUUCUUCUUCACCAGCAAGGGGUCACCUCCUCUUACAUGGAGUGGGUUAUGCAAGAUUUUCUUUGUUUCUUCAUAUGGAUUGGCGUUGAGUUUCAAUCUGAAUUUAGCAGGAUUGGAGUAUAUUUCGGCAACAUUUGGUACAGCCAUUCUCAGCUUUGUUCCUGCUUUGGUCUUUAUCAUGGCUGUUUGUUUAAGGAUUGAAAGUCUAGACAUACGCAAAUGGCAUGGAGUAACAAAGGUAUUAGGAAGCAUAAUUAGCUUGUCCGGAGCGAUGGCCUUCACCUUCUACAAAGGCCACGCUCUCUACCACACUUCAACAUCCCACCAUCCCUUGGAAGAUAAGCCUCACUCAAAACAUCAGUGGAUCAUGGGCGCUUUCCUCGCCAUCGUCGCCACACUCUUCUACGCUAUGUGGAUCACUAUGCAGGCCCCACUCCUCAAACAAUAUCCAGGCAAAUUUAGGCUCACUAUUAUGCAAUGUGGCUUCAGCAGCCUCUCAGCAACGCUCUACGCUGCCGUGGUGGAGAGGCAUUCAUCUGCGUGGAAGCUUGGAUGGGAUAUUCAUCUCUUAUCGGUUGCCUAUUGUGGUGUGAUAGUGGGAGGGAUGGGUUAUUGGUUGCAAGCUUGGGUUAUAGAGAAGAAAGGUCCUGUUUUUACUGCCAUUUUCAACCCGCUAGCGCUGGUUAUUGCGGCCAUCAUAUCAGCUUUUCUUCUCAACGAAACUCUUCACUGGGGGAGUUCAGUGUGCGUCGAUACCGUCAUGCCUUCGAGUGGUGUCGCAACACAUCAACACUCAAAGAUUGUGGUAGUGGCGGUAAUGUUUGGGUUCAGCUCAAAACGACGUCGUGUUUUGGGUUGUGGGCUGCUUGUGGCUGGGCUCUAUUGUUUCUUAUGGGGCAGAAAUCGAGAAGCCCAUCUUAAAGCCCAACAGAUUUUGGAGGAUGUCCAUUCCGAGACGGCCGCACCAAUAUCACUCGAUGGAAAGAGCCCAUAAACAUAUUUAUUUGUUUACAUUUUCUCUAAUAUAAUUUGUACUAGUACAUCCUCUCGUUAGAGAUGUAAACAAAUCAAAUCGAAAUGAAUAUAAUUGGAUUCAAUUCAUAUUCGUAAAAAUAAUUGUAUAUUCGAAUUGGAAUUCAAAUAUCUUUUGAAUCUUAUUUGCUAUUUUUAUUC